UGUGGACAUAGAAAUUCCAAGAAGGGUGCACUGUGUACAAAUUCCUUAAUUUUUUUUUUCACGAACCCUUUUCUGUUAUUGGUUUCAGGUGUGGGAAAGAGUUGCCUUCUUCUACGAUUCUCCGAUGGUUCUUUCACAACUAGUUUCAUCACAACCAUAGGCAUUGAUUUUAAGAUAAGAACCAUUGAGCAGGAUGGAAAACGGAUCAAGCUCCAAAUUUGGGAUACUGCUGGUCAGGAGCGGUUCCGAACAAUUACAACUGCUUACUAUCGUGGUGCUAUGGGCAUAUUGCUAGUGUAUGACGUUACAGAUGAGUCUUCGUUUAACAAUAUCAGGAAUUGGAUUCGUAACAUUGAGCAGCAUGCCUCAGACAAUGUUAACAAG